AUGAGGCAUCUAAUUUACCACCAAGUUAAAAAACUUUCUAUACAGUUGCCCAUAAAUAUAAAUGCAUCGCGUUACAGUAAUGCAUUGCUUCAAAAUGCGAUAAAUGAACGGGAAAGCAUUUAUGAAUGCUCACCCGUCAGAAGUCUGGAACCGCAGCCAUUUGCAACAAAUACGCAUCCUUGCGCAUGCAUAGAGGUGUAUUCUUGCAAGAAGUCUGCGCCACACCCACAUUCAACGACGUACAAUCCUCCACCCCUGGAACUCAAUCAACUGUAUAGUUUGGCAGACGUAUUGCAGCAAAUCUUCAGUGCCAUGCUCCUACAAGCGAUAGCAGUCCUCCUCUUUGUCGGUGAGACCUUCGAGGUCUCCAACGCUAUCUCAGACGAUCCGUCGAAAGGCGGAAGCACUGGAAACGUCGUUGAAGUGGAAGUUUUUGGCACGUCGAGAUGCUAUCCUACAACUAAAUUCUUACAAGAACAGCUUAUUCCGACAUACAACGUGCUUGGUCACCGCCUUCGUGUACGUUAUCAUCCAUAUGGCACACCAAGAUAUAUCAAUUGUACCGAAACUGGUGUGAGAGAAUGUACUUGCCGUCCUUGGAGAAUAUCUUGUUCAAAAAAUGCUAUGCAGUCUUGUAUUCUUGAUGCUGUACAAGAUACGAAAGAGCAGCUAGAAUUAGUGACUUGCACACAGGGUAGCACCGAGCUCAACCAAUCCGUGGCUGAGUGCGCACACAGCGUCAGACUGUCUAGGCCGCUCGACAUCGAACGUGUGCUUGACUGUGCGCACGGCAGCACAGGUCGACGAUUACUGGCUCAGCACGGAACCGUACAGGAGCGUAUGGUGCCAAUUAUUCAGAGAGUACCAACGAUAUUUUUCAAUGGAGUCUUAGAGCCAAUUGCCGACGAAGAAUUUCUAAGAGUCCUCUGCGUGCGUUAUUUGAAACCACGUCCUCCAGAAUGUGACGAAUUCAAAGACGAAUUUUUUGACGAAAUUUGAUCUAGUUAACCCCUAUAGCCAAAAUUUUUUAAAAUUUUUUUUAUUGAAGUAGCUCAGGAAAGAAGCUUUCUAAAUUGUUACGCUCUACAAUAAACGUUAAAUGUUUGUCUUGC